AUGCUGAGCGCUCUGAUCCUGCUGCUGAACCUCGGAGGAGCUGUGGCUCUCAAGAUCUGCUCCUUCAACAUAAAGUCAUUCGGAGAGAGCAAAAUCUCCAAACCAGAUGUGCUGGACAUCAUAGUGGAGAGCAUCAGUCGCUGUGACCUCAUGCUUGUCCUGGAGAUCAAAGAUGCAAAAGGAAAAGCGUUUGAUCAACUCAUGACUCACCUGAACAGCAGGUCCAGGACACGAGCAAAUGAAUUUAGCUCUGUCAUUAGUGAGAGACUCGGGAGAAAGUCAUACAAGGAGCAAUAUGCCUUCAUUUACAGGCAGAAGAUGUUGUCUGUGAAAUCCGUCUAUCAGUAUCCAGAUGCUCAAACCGGAGAUGAGGACGCUUUUGCUCGAGAACCGUUCGUCGUGUGGUUUUCGUCUCCAAAAACGGAAGUCACGGAUUUGGUCAUCAUUCCCAUUCACACGGCUCCAGAAGCGGCUGUGAAAGAAAUCGAUGAACUCUUCGACGUUUAUCAGAAUGUUUCACAGCUGUGGCCGUCAGACGUAAGCGAAGCGGUUCUCUAUCCAGAUUCCCAACUCACAAAAAUAUGUUUCGAUUAG